AUGUCGCGCAACAGCCUUUCCAGUGCACAGUCUGCCCUCGGUCGUUUCGGCGGAACCAUCACCAGUAGGCCCAGCGGCCCCGAGAAAAUCCAGCACUUCCUCAACCUGUACUUUGACAUAUUCAGCCCGCAUUGGCCGUUCAUCCACCGCGCAUCGUUCACCAUGAACCAGAGCAACGAGAGCCCGCUGCUCGUGCAGUCGAUGCUGGUUAUCGGGAUGUGGGUGGCCGAUACCGCCAGUAUACGGGCUGCGGCGGUGGAACUGCAUGGGAAGCUUGGUGAGGCGAUAUCCGAGCAGAGGAAAAAAUGGGACUUAUCAGCCGCCUCGGGCUCACCGGGAACCACCCCGCAAGCGAACCCUAAAUUCCCGCUCCCCAUGUACCAGGCGAUCCUGCUCCACAUCAUCUUCACCCUCCUCCACAAGGGAAACGGUGGGAGCGAAGCCGAAAGCAAGAUGUCUCUCGCCCUGGACCUGACCUUGGCCUUGAAAUCAUCACCGCUCACCGCGCGCGAUCUCACCCUCUCCCUCCUUUCCUCCCUAGUCCAGAGCUGCCGACGGCUCGGCAUGUUCCACUACCCUUCCAUCCUUACAGUGUGCCGUGAGUCCCCAGACGAACAUACGUUCCUGCCGCACGCUUGGGUGAGCGUUGAAGAGGUGAAGCGGUUCAAUGUUGCGCUGUGGAGGGUUUGUCGGGCGAUAAGUGGACGGUCGUGGGCGUGUCCACCCACGGGUAGGACAGAUGCAGGAGCAGGAGCAGGAGCAGCUGGAGGAGGUGUGGAUGGAAGGCAAGGAAACGCGAAGUGGGAGCUCCGCGCGGCAGAGCUGCGGUUCCCCUUGCCGACGAAUGAUGCGAUGUGGGCUGCGCAGACUUGGGAAGAGUGGGAUUCUGCUGUUGCGCGGGGCAGGGACGAAGAUGUGGAUGUGGAUGCGGAUGUGCUGGGUUUGGGAGAUUACAGGGAGGACGAAUGGAUUUCGGUGGCUGCGGGGAUGCUGGAGCUGUUGGGUUGA